CUUAAGCGACGCCUGGUUUAAAAAAAAACAAAAAAAAACAACAACAGGCCAGCUUGCUUUUUUUUAAUAAGAAGAAACUUUAUUUUUUGUGCCGCUACCCAACAACAUGUCACCUGAGUUGGAAGAAAACAGCCAAGGUGAAAUCAGUCUCCCCCAGUUAGAGGCAGGCACCAUGUCCGAGGAGGAGGGCGGGUCGGCUCGGCCCCUCGUUCCUGUGCCUGGAGCGGGCCCAGGGUGUGGAGAAGGUGGCGGGUCCGGUCCACCGCAGACCCAGGACAGGGCUGCAGCUUUGACUGGAAAUGGGGUUGUAGCAGUACCCGUGGUGGAGAGAGAAACCUGGACCAGACAAAUGGACUUCAUCAUGUCCUGCGUGGGUUUUGCUGUUGGCCUGGGCAAUGUGUGGCGGUUCCCUUAUCUCUGCUACAAAAAUGGAGGAGGGGUUUUCCUGAUCCCCUACUUGCUGAUUGUGUUCAUCGGGGGAAUCCCAGUCUUCUUCUUGGAGAUUGCAUUGGGACAGUUCAUGAAGCAAGGAGGCGUCUCUGCCUGGAACAUCGCACCUCUCUUCAAAGGUCUGGGCUUGGCCUCAAUGGUGAUAGUGUUCUUCUGUAACACUUACUACAUCAUGAUUCUCGUGUGGGGCCUCUACUUUCUCUUCCACUCCUUUACCAACCCGCUGCCCUGGGCCACCUGUGGACACCCCUGGAACACACUUAACUGCACGCAGGACUUUCGCCGUGCCUGCCACAACCGCAGUGCUGCCCAGUCAUUGUCUGCUGCCCCCACCUCUAACCUCUCCUCCACAUCCCCGUUGAACCUGUCUUCAGCGCAGCUCUUCCUCAGUGGCAACUGCACAGAGGCUGAGGGAAUGCGCUCCCCAGUCAUCGAGUUCUGGGAACGGAAAGUUCUCCGUCUGUCUGGUGGGCUGCACGAGCCCGGUGACAUCAGCUAUGAGAUGGUGUUGUGUCUCAUAGCCACCUGGAUCAUUGUUUACUUCUGCAUGUGGAAAGGAGUUAAAUCUACUGGCAAGGUUGUGUACUUCACAGCUCUGUUCCCCUACCUGGUUCUGGUUGUUCUUUUGGCCCAUGGAGUCACUCUACCUGGAGCUUUAGAUGGGAUUGUUUACUACCUGAAACCAGACUGGUCCAAACUUGGAGAGGCACAGGUGUGGAUUGAUGCCGGCACUCAGAUUUUCUUCUCCUAUGCCAUCGGACUGGGCGCCUUGACUGCUCUGGGCAGCUACAACCGCUUCCAUAACAACUGUUACCAGGAUGCGUUCUUGCUGGCUAUCAUUAAUAGUGGGACCAGUUUCUUUGCAGGCUUUGUGGUCUUCUCUGUGCUGGGCUUUAUGGCUGCAGAACAAGGCGUGGACAUCAGUAAGGUAGCUGAGAGUGGUCCAGGCCUGGCCUUUAUAGCUUACCCCAAGGCUGUGACUCUGAUGCCUCUGGCGCCACUCUGGGCUGCACUAUUCUUCUUUAUGUUGCUCAUACUGGGCCUGGACAGCCAGUUUGUUGGGGUAGAGGGUUUGAUAACGGGAAUUAUGGACAUGCUACCCCCUAAAUCCACCCUGGGAUCCCUGCGGCGAGAGGUGGUAGCAGCCAUCUGCUGUGUCAUCUGCUUCCUCAUUGACAUGUCCAUGGUCACUGAGGGAGGGAUGUAUGUCUUCCAGCUGUUUGACUACUACUCUGCCAGUGGCAUCACCCUGCUGUGGCAGGCCUUCUGGGAGUGUGUGGUCAUUGCAUGGGUCUAUGGCGCAGACCGUUUCAUGGACGACGUGGCUCGUAUGAUUGGCUAUCAGCCCCUGCCCUACAUGAAGUGGUGCUGGUCCUACAUCACACCUUUUGUCUGUGUGGCAGUGUUCCUCUUCCACGUGGUGAACUACAAGCCUCUGACCUACAACACAGUGUACACUUAUCCUUUGUGGGGUGAAUUGCUUGGCUGGGCAUUGGCCCUGUCCUCCAUGCUCUGUAUCCCUGUCACCGUUCUCUACAAACUACUGCGCUGCAAAGGAUCUUUGCGGGAGCGGUGGCAACACUUAACCACCCCAGUUUGGGGCCGACAUCACCUGGAGUACCUGGCCCCAGAGAGCGAAGCUAAACUGCUCCCCCCUGCAGGAACCAAGAGUACGCUGCUAUUUGAAAGUGUCAUCUGAUGAGCUUGAGCGCCCCACAGAACACAGAGCCAAGGUCGCCCUUGACAUCAGCACACGCAUACACAAACUACACUAAAUACAUGCACACCACACAGGCCUGGUGAGAGCAAAGCGCAGAUUGGUUUAGUUAACACGCUCCACAGUUUUAAAGCUAUGGAAAAGCCCUGGACAAAUGGACCAAAGAAUAGAGGGGAAAAGAACUGAAAUACACCAUACAGUCAUCACACGCCAAUACACCCUCUGCUCUGCUUUCUGACUCUACCUCGCUGUCUCUCCGCUCUCUCUCUCUCCUCCCUGCCCUUGUGCUGUCUUGUCCCGUCUCGUUCUGUAGGUGUGAUGUGUCCGGUAUUGUGAUAUCUUCCCUUUUUCUGUGCCUCUCUGGUUUCAACAGCCUCAUCCGUCCCAACAUGUCAUGCCAUUUUGUGGCUAAAUGAGCAGAAAUAUAAAAGAUCCUAAUGAAUCUAUCUAAAUGAAAGAAACCUCAUGUCUGCUGCUGAUGGUCUGAAUGUGUGUGUGUGUGUGUGUGUGUGUGUGUGUAUAGAUGCACCUGUGCAUUAAAACAUGUCUGAGUGAGGGUGUGCGCAUGUGUCUGUAAGAAGUAGUGUGUGUUGGACCGUGGCAGUGGUGUCUUCAUUUACAUGUGACAUUGCCUCUGGCCAUUGUUUUCUGUAUUCUCUUAAUUAACUGUACAAAAAUAACUUCCAUUUGUAAAAAAAAAAUAAUAAUAAUAAUAAUCAUAAAGAGACAAUGCAUUACCACUUCCAGCUGUGUGUUAUAAACUAACUUUAGUAUCCAGUGUAUUGUAGGGUCUGUGAAUCAGUGUUAACAAUAUUUGGAGGGGAUGAUGAUCAGUAUUUCCACCUUAAGAGAAGGAGAGAAACUUUAGACUGAAUUGUGCAAAGAGCAGGAGACUGGGUCAUGGGGAGGGGAAAGAGACUUAGUGCUAUGUCCGGAACGAAGCAAUAAAUGAUCAGAUAACGAUGGAA